AUGGUUCGCAAAGAGAAUCUGCCCACCAUUGCCGCGUCUAAGAAGCGCUUUGCUGUCUCCGCCAUCUCUUCACCGAUGAAGCGCAAGCGCCGCGCGCUCGCGGAGCUUCCUCCCGCUUUCACUAACGCCGCCCAUGGCCCCAGAACUCGAUCCAGAGUUCAGAAAGAAGAGAAGAGACGCUCCAAGCCUGCACCAGAUGAGCUCUCAAACAAUGACAAUGGCGAAGAUGAUCCCCAGUUGUGCGUUCCUUACGCCGCCGACAUUCUUGCUUAUCUCCGGUUUAUGGAGGCAGAGCAGAAGAGGCGGCCGAUGGGGAAUUAUAUGGAGAAAGUGCAGAAGAAUAAUAUAUCGGCAAAUAUGAGAGGGAUUUUGGUGGAUUGGUUGGUAGAAGUGGCUGAGGAGUAUAAGCUCGUACCUGAUACACUCUAUCUUGCAGUUUCUUAUGUCGAUAGAUUUUUGUCUUGUUAUACAGUCGAUAAGCAAAAAUUACAGCUUUUGGGGAUUUCUUCUCUGCUCAUUGCAUCGAAGUAUGAAGAGAUCGAGCCACCAAACGUGGAGGAUUUUUGCGAUAUAACUGAUAACACAUACACAAAGAAAGAGGUGGUAGAGAUGGAAGCUAACAUACUAAAAUUCUUGAAUUUCGAGAUGGGCAAUCCAACAGUUAAAUCAUUCCUAAGGAACUUCAUUAAAGCUGGUGCUGAAGACAAGAAGGCUAUUAAAUCCUAACAUUGUUCCUAUUUUCAGUCAGAUUUAUUGGCUAAUUAUCUCGCUGAGCUGAGCUUGCUGGAUUAUGACUGCAUUCGGUUUUUGCCUUCUAUGAUUGCUGCAUCUAUUUUAUUUCUUGUAAGAUUCUCCAUGAAUCCAAAUAGGCAACCUUGGAACUCAAAGCUGCAAGAACACACAGGCUACAGCUCCUCUGAUCUUAAAGAUUGUAUAUUUGCUCUGCAUAAUAUGCAAAUGAAUCUAAAGUUCUCAUCUUUAACUGCCAUCAGAGAAAAAUAUAAGCAGCAGAAGUUCAAGGCUGUCUCAAUCAUGAUUGUUCCUCCAGAAAUCCCAAUCUUCUACAUUUGA